UCCAGCAGCUGCAGGACUUUCCCUCAGUGAGGCUCUAAGUCUCUGAGCUGAUGAUGAAGAUGAGGCUGCUGCUCUUCCUCUGCGGGGUCCUGCGGGUCUCUGCUGAUGUUCUCCAUGAGGACAUUCGUAUCGUUGGCUGUUCAGACUCUGAUGGAGAGGAGAUGUAUGCUCUGGAUGGAGAAGAGAUCUGGGUCGCUGACUUCAAGCAGGGGAAAGGAGUGGAACCUCAGCCUCCUUUCAUUGAUCAUAUGAGCUAUGGAGAAGGAAUUUAUGGAUCAGCUGUGGCUCAACAACAGAUCUGCAGAGGAAACCUGAAGGCGGAUCUGCAUAACUACAAGAACCCUCCACUGCAGCGCGAUCCUCCAUCCACCCCCAUGAUCUACACCAGAGACGACGUGGAGCUGGGAGAGAAGAACAUCCUGGUCUGUCAUGUCUCUGGGUUCUAUCCUGCUCCUGUCAACGUCUCCUGGACCAAGAACGGCCAGAAGGUGACUGAAGGAACCAGCAUCAACGUUCCCUUCCCCAACAAGGACAGCACCUUCACCCAGAUCUCCAGACUGGACUUCAUCCCUCAGCUGGGAGACAUCUACAGCUGCUCUGUGGACCAUCCAGCUCUACAGAAACCACUCACCAGGAUCUGGGAUGUGGAGCUGAACAGUCCUCAGCCCAGUGUUGGACCAGAUGUCUUCUGUGGACUCGGUCUGACCAUCGGACUCCUGGGCGUGGCUGUUGGGACCUUCUUCCUGAUUAAAGGAAACGAGUGCAGCUGAUUGUUUUAAGAAAACUUAAGAAUCCUUGUUUCUUUGUUUUUUCUUUACUCCUCGAUUAAAAAUGAAACUCUGUUGAGAACAUUUGGA